GUGUCGCCGAUAGGUGGCAGUAAAGUCAUUUAAUCUGACACUGGAUGUGCACGAAUCGCUUCCUGUUUCAAAUACACAAACAACACCAACACGUUUAUGCUGGAGUAAAGGUCGUCCUCUCUCUCUACCCCCGAUGCUGUCCAGCACUCUUCGCUGUCUGCGUCUCUCUUCUUUCAGACUUGUUUUAUCCAGACAGCUGGUCCAUCAUCAGCCCCACAUGGAGCACAGUGGUUCCCGUCCCGUAGAGGCCACCAUACGAACCAAACUGACCCAGUCACUCACACCUGAGCACCUGGAGGUUUUAAACGAGAGUCACAUGCAUGCCGUUCCUCCCGGAUCAGAAUCCCACUUCAGAGUUCUCGUGGUGAGUCCCAAGUUCGAGGGUCUGUCCCUGCUGCAGCGUCAUCGGCUCGUGAAUGAAGCCCUGAAGGAGGAACUCAGUACCUGCGUUCAUGCCCUCGCCAUCCAGGCCAAGACGCCUCAGCAGUGGAGCAGCAACCCCAGUCUGGCCAAAAGCCCCCCGUGCCUGGGAGGAUCUAAACAUGACAGCACAAUGGCUGAGAAACUAAAGGCAGGUCGAGACUAAAUGUGCCAACAUUGUUUAUUAUUUCUGAAAAAACUCUUUAGAGUAAUCGUUUUUCCGGACCUGCAUGUAAGCAUUAAUAAACACAAUGUGUUAAUAAUGGUUUGUACUAGUUAAGUAUUAUAAUACAACAUAAAUUGUGCUUGGUUUAUGUCAGAAGCAUAACAAUAUCAAUAUCAGCAAUCAGUCCUUUUUAAUAUGUUUAAAAGGCUGUAUAAAAAGUAUUUAAUUAACAAACAGCUGUUUUGUUGCGAUUUAUUUUAUCCUUCGGCCUCUCGCUGGGCCUCUUGAAUCACAGUGUCUGUUUAAUUUCACCCUUAGGAAUUUAUUUGUAAUGUUACAAAUUUUUUCAAUGUGACCUUAAGGUUGUGUCAUGGGCAUUAAGCACCAUCAAACAAUUUUAU